AUGCAGUACAGGCUUGCAUCAUUACUGGCCGCUGGCGUCCUUGUCGCCAGCGUCAGUGCUGCCCCCGUUCCCAGCGCCGAUCUCGAUCUCCCGGACAUCAUCGUGAUCGGAAAACCAGACAGCGAAACUACCUGGUCUAAGAGGGAUGAGAAACCCAAGGACAGCUUCGAGAUCAUCGGGAAACCGAAGACAAUCGUAACUUGGGGCAAGAGGGACGAUCAACCGGCCGAUUCGGUGGAAAUUACACCCCCUUCGACGGAAAUAAUUUGGGGCCGUGAUGCUUCUCCCGAGAAACCGAAAGACAGCUUUCAAAUUAUUGGAAAACCGAAAACCGUCGUCACGUGGAACAAGAGGGACGAUCAGCCCGCAGCAGCAGAUGACCAGAUCGAGCUGACGCCCCCUUCCUCCGAAAUUCAUUGGGGAAAAAGGACUGAGCAAGCGCAAACACCUCCAGAUUUCUCGCUGGGCAAGCCUUCCAGCGAAAUUCAUUGGGGGUGA